AACAUCACACACACUGAGGCACGGUGUGAUAAAUUUGUUUGAAUGUCUCAGUUCUCUUAGUUCUCUCGUUGUGGAAUCGAAAGAAUGUCUGUUCAGUGUUGCGGUCUUGAGUUAUUUUAGAGCUACAGUCUUGACUUCUGCACUACAAUUUCUCUGCCUCAUCCAUGGGACAACCUGAACCCUGAUCCACGCCGUCAUGACUCGAAUCGGAACAACCCAUGCUGCUAGGGUGAAUUUUCUCAUCGGUUUCGCCAUAGGCUUCGGUAUAGCAGGACUUUUAGCUUUUGUUAACAUGGCCAACCUUCAUGGAACCGCUGUGCCUUACAACUCCCUGUUGAUACAGCAGAUGCACCGAUACGACAUUGGGCACGAGCACGCGGCUGGACCCGGAGACAUGUAUUCCAGAGGAAAGGAAAGGCACAUAACGUCGCACAAGGAACUGGAUGAAGAUCGUGGAACGGGAGGUCGAGAUAUUAACUUGGACAGCGAUUCCCACUUCCAUCACGAUGACAAUAUUCUUGCCAAGAAGCUUGAGAAAACAGUGCGGGUAUUGUGUUGGAUCAUGACGUCACCCAAAAAUCUGGACACGCGAGCGGUACACGUGCGUAACACGUGGGGCAAAAGAUGCAACAAGUUGCUGUUCUUCAGCUCGGAGACCAACACAACGUUCCCCACCAUCGGACUGAACGUGACCGAAGGUCGAAACCACCUGACAGCCAAGACUAUAGGAGCGUUCAGGUACGUAUACGAACACUUCUACGACGAAGCCGAUUGGUUCAUGAAGGCUGAUGAUGAUACCUACGUCAUAGUGGAAAACCUGCGUUACUUCCUGUCCGACCACAACACCAGCCAGCCAGUCUAUUUCGGUCACAAAUUCAAGAAAAUGGUCAAACAAGGUUACUUCAGUGGCGGCGCUGGAUACGUUUUAAGCAGACAGGCUCUGAAGACCUUUGUGGAAAAGGGUUCCAACACAACCAUCUGCAAACAAGAUGGCGGCGCGGAGGAUGCCGAGAUAGGGAAAUGUAUGUCCAAGCUGGGGAUAGUAGCAGGAAACUCCACGGAUAUGUUAGGGAGGAGCCGCUUCCAUUGUUUUGACGCAGAAACGCAUUUGUUUGGUGGUUACCCUAAAUGGUAUUAUAAUUACGACGCGGACGGCGCCAAACAGGGACAAGAAAACAUAAGUGACUAUGCUGUGUCGUUCCAUUACGUGAGACCUCUCAAAAUGUACUCUAUGGAAUUCUUUGUUUAUCACUUACGGCCAUAUGGAAUUAUUUCGCAGACUCAGAGUCUCAAUUUUGAAAAGGGAUUGUGAUAAACUAUGUAAAUCUGUGGAAAAAAAAUAGUAAUAUAAUAUUUAAAACUUGUGGAAAUAAGGUUUGCCCAAUGGAAAAUGUCAUUAAAAUCGGAUCGUAAAAUUAUAUUAAGAUCCGAUUUGAAACGUGUGCGGAGAUCGAUCGUUUGCGAUCACUAGCUAGACUGGUUUUGCGUCCAUCAAUGAAUGAAUGUAUAUUAUACAUGCAUACCAAAUUUUAUUAGCCUUAAGCUUUCUAGCUCAAAGGAAUACAUUUCAUAUACAAUUCAAUAAUACUUGACAAUAUUAGUGGUGCAUAUGUUGAAGGACAAUUAAAUAUGUAGCUAGUAACGAAUGAAUAAUGCAUUUUAAAUAUAUUUUCCAAUAUUACAAAGGCCUUUUUUUAUUAGUAACGGACAACAACUCCACAAGUUUAAACAGACCCGUAGGGACGGUGUGAGUUGUGCGUGUGUGUUGGGGGGGGGGGGGGGGGGGG